AUGAGCUCAGACGCAGAGAUGGCAAUCUUUGGAGAAGCUGCUCCCUAUUUACGGAAGCCAGAGAAGGAGAGAAUUGAAGCCCAGAAUCGCCCAUUUGAUGCUAAGUCAGCCUGUUUUGUAGUAGAUGACAAGCAAAUGUAUGUGAAAGGUACCAUACAGAGCAAAGAAGGUGACAAAGUCACCGUUAAAAAAUAUGAUGACACAACUGUGACUGUAAAGGAUGAUGAAGUCUUUCCCAUGAACCCUCCCAAAUUUGACAAAAUCGAGGACAUGGCCAUGAUGACCCACCUCCACGAACCCGCUGUGCUGUACAACCUCAAAGAGCGUUACGCAGCCUGGAUGAUCUACACCUACUCGGGUCUCUUCUGCGUCACCGUCAACCCCUACAAGUGGCUGCCGGUGUACAACCCCGAGGUGGUCACUGGCUACCGAGGCAAGAAGCGCCAGGAGGCCCCUCCACACAUCUUCUCCAUCUCUGACAACGCCUAUCAGUUCAUGCUCACUGAUCGUCACAACCAGUCAAUCCUCAUCACUGGAGAAUCCGGUGCAGGGAAGACUGUGAACACAAAGCGUGUCAUCCAGUACUUUGCAACAAUUGCAGUCACUGGUGAGAAAAAGAAAGAUCCACAGCCCGGCAAAAUGCAGGGCACUCUGGAGGAUCAGAUCAUCCAGGCCAACCCACUGCUGGAGGCUUUUGGCAAUGCUAAGACUGUGAGGAACGACAACUCCUCACGUUUUGGGAAAUUCAUCCGGAUUCACUUCGGGCCAACUGGCAAGCUGGCCUCAGCAGACAUCGAAACCUAUCUCCUGGAGAAAUCCAGAGUGACUUUUCAGCUGUCUAGCGAAAGGAGCUAUCACAUUUUUUAUCAGAUAAUGUCCAACAAGAAGCCGGAGCUCAUUGAUCUCCUCCUGAUCUCCACCAACCCCUAUGACUUCCUCUACGUGAGCCAAGGAGAAGUCACGGUUGCCAGCAUUGAUGACAGCGAGGAGCUGCUGGCAACAGAUAAUGCUGUGGACAUCCUGGGCUUCAGCCCUGAUGAGAAGGUGGGGAUCUACAAGCUGACAGGGGCUGUCAUGCACUAUGGGAACAUGAAAUUCAAGCAGAAGCAGCGGGAGGAGCAGGCAGAGCCUGAUGGCACAGAAGGUAGGGCUGAUUGCAGAGUUUGCUUGUGAACUGCACCCCCAACACUUUGAAAAUUAUUUUUCUUUCCAGAAAUUAAUUUUUAUAAAGAUUG